CAUGUGAUUGCUCAUGCAUUUCCUACGUAAACAGAGAGCUUUUAGCCCUCAAGAAGUUUUAAAUGUUUUUGUAGCCAUCUAACUGUGGAGACGGUUUCCGUUUAAGACCGCGUGUCGUGGUGGAAUUCAAAACCGUGAAGCGGCGUUGAAAUACUUUUGACGCUGAAAAGCGAACAACGCCGCUGAACGCAGGUUUUCUCUUCAAAGGAACAUGAAUUACUUUUGGAAAUCUGUUCGCGCCGUGAGCUUUUUGCUUACGUGUUUUGCUGCCAAUUCCUCGAUGUUGGAUGCCACGAAGACACUGUAUAUAGGAGGUUUGUUUCCAAUGAGUGGUUCAUCCGUAGCUUCAGCAGGAAAAAUAUUUCUUCCUGUAAGCGAACUGGCAAUUGAUAUGGUGAACAACCGCACCGAUUUGUUAAAUGGCUACCAACUAAAGCUCAUAUGGAAUGAUACACAGUGUGACCCAGGGCAUGCAACAAACGCGCUGUUUGAGUCCCUCCAUACCAGGCCCCCUAUGAUAAUGCUCCUGGGAGCCGCGUGUUCAUCAGUGACCCGAGCCACACCACAGAUCGGCAAUCUCUGGAACCUUGUACAGGUAUCAUACGCCUCCACUGCCAGCGAUCUGUCCAAUAAGGAUAAGUAUCCGAUGCUGUACAACAUUGUACCACCUGACUCUGCCUAUAACAACGCAAGGAUAGCUUUCUUAAAGCACUUCAAGUGGAAGAGAAUCGCUACUAUUCGACAAAAUAAUUACGUCUUUGACGAGGUUAUGGACAUGCUCCAAGAAGAUCUUAUAAACAACAACUUUGAUCUUAUAGCCACAGAACUGUUUGAUGACGAUCCUAAGACUCAGGUUGAAAAUCUAAAGAAGAGAGACGCCCGCAUCAUUAUUGGGAUGUUUUAUGAAGAUAAAGCUCGAAAAGUUUUUUGCGAGGCGCGCAAACAAGGUAUGUAUGGAGAGCACUACAUGUGGCUAAUAAUGGACUGGUACGACAGCAAACCAUGGUGGCUUGUUAACGAUGACGAAAUUGAUUGCACAGAAGAACAGAUGAGAGCGGCGACUAAGGGCUACUUUUCCGUUGAGAGCACUCGAAUUGUUUCCAACGAGGAACCCACGAUAUCGGGAAUGACCUCCGCGAAGUUCCUACAGUCUUAUGUCAAGCCAGGUGAAAACAACACGAAUCUUUACGUUCCGUUCGUGUUUGACUCCGUGUGGACGAUUGCUCUCACAUUGAACAAGUCUUCGAGCGAAAUCCGCAAAACUUUGAACAGAUCUCUAGACGACUUUACCUACCGAGACAGUGGUAUGGCAGAAACUUUCAAGAAAACUUUGGAAAAUUUGGAAUUCCAAGGAAUUACGGGAAAAGUGACGUUUUCAAGAAAAGGGGGAAGAACAGAGCCCGCGUACAUCAAACAGAUGCAAAAUGGACUUUCAAAGACAUUGGGCACUUACCACCCUGAUAUCGAUAAAAUUGUGUUUGAUGGUACUCGAGUUUUAUGGAAAGGUGGCGCUCCUCCGACUGAUGGAAAAGUUACCAUUUAUGAGAAACAGUACGUUUCCACGCCUCUGUUUUGCGUUAUCGUUAUUUUGACCAGCGGUGGCAUUUUAAUGGCGGUGUACUUUCUACGAUUUAAUUUUCUUCGACGCAGGCACCGCCAUAUCAAGUUAUCAAGUCCAAACCUUAACAACGUGAUAAUCCUCGGAUGUGUAUUUAUCUACAUAUCUAUUUAUAUGAUCGCCAUCGAUGGCAAAUUGGUGGACACAAACACACUAGCGGGGCUGUGCAAGGCUCGAGGUUUUCUCUUGUCUGCUGGUUAUAGUUUUGCAGUUGGUGCGAUGUUCUCAAAGCUGUGGCGAGUGUAUCAAAUUUACAGCAACUUUAGACCUAAAGAGAAGGCACUCAAGUAUAAGGAACUUAUUGGUUUUAUGGUAGUUCUGCUGUUAAUUGACAUAAUCGUGAUGUCUUUGUGGAUUGGAGUGGAUACACCUGAGAUUGUUACAACUGACAUACAGACACAGUUUAAGGAAGAACCUCACUUUAGAGUUAUACCACAGGAACAAUACUGUACUUCCAGAUACUUUACCACUUGGCUCUACAUUCUGCUCGGCUACAAAGCUCUCUUAUUAGUGAUUGGAUGUUUCAUUGCGUGGAUCACACGCGGGGCCAAAGUCCGCCUGCUCAAUGACUCGCGUUACGUGUGCAUGAGCUUGUAUAACAUAAUACCUUGCGUUCUAGUGGGUAUACCACUGGCCUUCCUGAUUAAUGGUCACGUAAACGCGCUUGUGGCGUGCGUAUCGUUUUUUCUGCUCCUUCCUACAACAGUGACGCUUUGUUUGCUUUUCGUCCCGAAGAUUUUGAAACUCAAGAAAAAUGCAGAGGAGCGAUUCCGGAUUACUGCUAUACAAAGUCCCACCCGAAAUGUAGUGGAAGUAAAUUACGAUUCGCUUGAUUCAUCUCAUUCUGUCAAGGAUCCUAGUGCGGAUACAAAACUUCAGGAAGAGAUAACCACGCUGAAGAAAGAAAUACGUGCGAUUAAACUUAAACACGGAGAAAAUGCAACUCCAAACCUGUCGGUUCGAAUCGCCGAACCAGUUGAAAAUGGCCGGGAGGGGAAAUCUUUCGCCCAGCUACCUGAAACACCGCUGACCAGACCCAAACUUACCAAGCGGGCAGUCACUUGUCACACCACGCAAGAGUUGUGUGUUCGAAAGAGGCGUAGACGUCGGUCAUCCUCGUUUUCCGGACCGUACUUGCAACGGGGAUCACUCGAUAUUGGGUCAUUCUAUUCCGAGCUAGCUGAUCCGCUAUUGGUGCUGAAAGCGGAGAACCGAGAACUGAACAGAAAACUUCAGGAAGCGAGAAUUUCCGAGGCGGGAAAGCUGGCUAAAGUGUGGCAUGAAAAUGCACAGCUUCACCGCAAGAUUGUGGAGCUCAACCUCAAGAGUGCUCCGAGUGAAGAAGCUGAUAAAGUGUCUCGCUUGCUCAAGGAGAAUGCGGAGUUGAAGAAGCAAUUAGGGGAAGUCAGUAUUUUGAAUUCAGUUUGGUGUGAUGUAACACCUCAAAUCCAGAGGAAACAGAACGAAGACAGGAAAAUUUCUAAAGAUUUAAGAGAGCUUCAGCAGCUUCUCAGUGUAGACCUCGCUGGUCGCAGACCAGGUUCUUUCCGUCCUUCCUCUGUCACAAGACCACCUCCCAUCGGUCGCUCCCAGUCCUCAACCGAGUUGCAUUGCAACUGGAACAGAACCCCAUCUGCUGACAAGAAAAGACCCAUAAGCCCUCUCGCAAUAAACGCCGUGAAACGAUUUAGCUUCGAGGGCAUGGACAAAAGACAAAAUUUCUGCGCGAGUAAAGAUCUAAGAGCUGGCAUAGCGCCAGCGGAGGCUGAAGCAGAUAAGCCAGUGACGAGUGUGUCUGAAUCUCCACUAACUGUGAUAAACGAACCCAGAAGCACGGAGAAAAGUCCAUCCACAAUUCGGGGAGACAACAUAGAUGGUUGCGAAUCGGAAAAAGAAACUUCUGAGAUCGGUGAAAGAAGCAACGCGGGAUUUAGCGGGCAUGAAGAUGAAGAUGUAAUUCACUUAAAAUCGGUGGAUAGAAUGGAGGAAUAUAUUGAGAAAUCUACCGAUUUGAAACACGCGAAAGAACACGCCGUAAUAAGCAGCCAAAAUGUAACUCCGAGGAUCACAGACUUCCCAAUUCUUUGUCACGAUCGGCUCUUUACGUCAAAACCGAAAAAGGAUGACAUUUGCGAUCCAAAGUCGAAUUCGUCGUUUCGUGAACCUUCGCGCGAAAGCGAUCAAAAUCUUUUUAGUGCUGAGGCUUCUAAAGUGGUACUCGAUGAAAAUGACAAUUUGCAAAAUACUGUAAUACUACAAAGCCAAUUGCCGGUUAAUGACUUUGAUACAAACCUUGAAUUUUCCGAGGAAGUAAGGGACUAUGCAACUCAGACUGGAGAAAGGGUGGAAUUGUCAGACCCGCGGACAAUGGACUCCCCAGUACAUGACGUAAAUCCCUUGCGAACAGAGAAUGUAUCAUGUAACCAAAGUCCAAAAGACUUUCCGGCUUACAAGAGAAAAGUGCAAAGGAAGAAAGAUAAGAAGAAAAAUGACAGAAUAGAGAAAACAUUUUUUGUGUAAUCAAUUCCGACGAAAAACUCGUUAGUCGCUGAAAUAUUUGUUUAAUCACUUAGUACCCGAGGGAAGUGUCAAGGGAAAAAAAGCGAAAUUUGUCCAGUCUAGUGUAAAUAUAAAGAUGAAAAAAAAAAAUCUGUCUGCUAACAUCCAUUAUCACCAAAUCAAAGUUACCUCCAAAAUCCAUUUCCAGGCCUUUAACAAUUGACCAAGGCGGAGAAUGGGGCGAGUAUUUCCGAUAGAAAUUAAAGUAAAACCCCGCCGGAGUAUCGGUUUUUCCAAGGAGCGUAAAGGUUGGGAGAGAGAAAAAGAAGUAAA